UCGUGAUCUCUCCUUGUAUCCUGUGUAUAAUUUUCAAGUUAUCCUCAUGAACAAAAUGGAAUACGCGGAGUACGCUUACACGAAGAAGAGAAUUAAUUACGGGAAGAGAUGCAACUUUUCCGAUGUCGACACGAUCGAAGUAGAAAUCAAGUCAAGUCCGGGACUGAUGAAUAAUUAUGUCAGAAUGGAUCCUGUGACGCAUGCUACACAGUGUAGUAAAAUAUAUGCGGUUCACGAGGUGAACACGACAACUGCGACAUUCAGGGACAAUAAGAUGUUCCACUAUGAAGGUGGCUGGCCGAAGGACAUCAAUAUGAAGGACCUGGAGCAGACGGUUAGGUAUAGACGCAAGAUCGAGAAGGACGAACUCUACAUUCACACGAUGCUCCAAUUGUUGCCUUCGAUGGAGCACUGCAUACUGCAGAACAACGCUUGUAACAUUUACGAGCAGUACUUCGCCGACGUGGAGAUGACGCCGUUGAUACAAAGAGCGUUCUCGCGCACAGUGAACGUGUACCGCGAUCCGUCGAACGCGAAACGGCAGGUCACUCAUUUAUCAUGGUCGCCGGAUCAAGGCAACCGCUUCGCGGCCAGUUACUGCAACGUCGACUUCAAGAAGAGCUCUGGCAGCAAUUACACCUCAUAUGUCUGGGAAGUAGAGAACCCGAACAGCGCCUACAUGACGUUGACACCCGUCUGCCCGCUUCUGACGUUGGAGUACAGCCCCAAGGACAGCAACACCCUGGUGGGCGGCUUGAUGACCGGACAGGUGGCCUGCUGGGAUAUUAGAAGGGGACCGGAAGCGGUGGACACCAGCUCGGUGGAAUUCAGCCAUAGAGACCCCUGUGAUAAGGCUCUGUGGAUUAACUCGAAGACCGGUACCGAGUUCUUCAGCGCUUCGAAGGACGGACAGCUAAAAUGGUGGGACACCAGGAAGAUGCAGGUCCCAACGGAGACGUUAGUUAUAGACUUGCUGAAGCCUGAGGAGCAGAACGUCGACAAGGCGAUUGGCAUCUCAGCGCUUCAGUUUGAGCCGUCGAUGGGGACGCGUUUUAUGUGCGGCUUGGAGAACGGCGUAGUAAUCUCGGGCAAUCGCAAGGGCAAGACGUCGGCUGAGAAGAUAGCGACAAGAUUCAAAGCGCAGUACGGACCAGUCAUCAGCCUAGAGAGAAACCCGACGUUCGUGAAGAACUUCUUGACGGUCGGCGACUGGACCUCCAGGAUCUGGUCGGAAGACUGCAGGGAAUCCUGUAUAGCUUGGACUCCCGGUCAUCGAGAUUUCCUCACAGGCGGUGCAUGGAGCAGCACACGUUACUCCGUGUAUUUCUUGAUCAAAAUGGAUGGCACAUUGGACGUCUGGGAUUUUCUAAUUCAACAAGACAGCCCGGUUCUUAGUGUCAAGGUUUGUGACGAGAGCUUAACGUGCAUACGACCCCAUGAGCAAGGACAGCUGGUCGCAGUCGCGAACAAAAAGGGUGCGAUGUACCUGAUCGAAUUUUCGGAAGCCUUAACGGUCAACCAGAAGAACGACAAAUUGUUGUUAACCGCACUAUUUGAACGUGAGACGCGUAGGGAGAAGGUGAUAGAAGCGAAGAACAGGGAGCUACGAUUAAAGAUGAGGGCCUUUAAGACACACGGUGAGCCUGACUUGGUUGAUUCUUUCACGAAGGUGGACGAACAGGAAGAUUCGAAGGAUACGUCCGGCGAUUUGAAGAAUACACUGAUAGUACAAUAUGAACAAGACUAUGAGAACCUGAUCAAUGCGGAAUUAUCCCGGGAAGCGGAGGUGAGUCAUGUGGAAUUGAACAACAACAACGUGUUGCAGGACGGCGCGAUCAUGAAUUGAGACGUCCUCGUUUCUCUCGCAGAUGUUUCACUGCUAGACGGAAUAAAUUUGCAUAUUUAUCUGUA